AUGGAGUUCAUCAAUCCCACCGAGGUGUCCAACAUCCCUACCUAUCGAGUCAUGGAUUCCGACGGAGUGUUGGUUGACAAGACACGCAAGCCCCUCGAUAUACCGAAGGAACAGAUCUUGGAGUGGUACAAGAAUAUGUUGACCGUGAGCGUCAUGGACGUGGUCAUGUUCGAGGCUCAGAGACAAGGCCGGUUAAGCUUUUACAUGGUUUCUGCUGGAGAGGAGGGCAUCAGCGUUGGGUCCGCCGCCGCAUUGACCCCCGACGACGUCGUGUUCGCCCAGUAUCGUGAGGCCGGAGUCUUCCAACAGCGAGGCUUUACCCUCAAAGAGUUCAUGAGCCAGCUGUUUGCCAAUCAGCAUGAUAAUAGCCGCGGCCGCAAUAUGCCUGUUCAUUAUGGCAAAAACUAUCCCCGAACCCACACAAUUUCCUCGCCCCUUGCGACCCAGAUACCUCAAGCGUCAGGCGCUGCCUAUGCUUUGAAGUUACAAACCCUACAGAACCCUGAUCUGCCACCUCGAAUCGUAGCCUGCUACUUUGGUGAAGGAGCUGCCAGUGAAGGUGAUUUCCAUGCGGGUCUCAACAUCGCUGCCACACGAUCCUGCCCCGUGGUCUUCAUCUGUCGCAAUAAUGGAUAUGCUAUUUCGACUCCGACCCUGGAGCAGUAUCGCGGUGAUGGUAUCGCGAGUCGUGGCGUUGGCUAUGGGAUUGACACAAUCCGUGUUGAUGGGAACGACAUAUUCGCCGUCUAUGAAGCGAUGCGCGAAGCUCGGCGGAUCGCUUUGACUGAUGGGGGCAAGCCGGUCCUUAUUGAGGCGAUGAGCUACCGCGUUUCACAUCACAGCACCAGUGAUGACAGCUUCGCCUAUCGAGCCCGUGUUGAGGUGGAAGAUUGGAAGCGGCGUGAUAAUCCGAUUAUCCGUCUGCGGAAGUGGUUGGAGAACGAAGGGCUUUGGAACGAAGAUAUCGAGCGAGAUACACGCGAUCAGCUCCGCAAAGCAGUCUUGAAGGAGUUCGGCGAGGCUGAACGCGAGUUGAAACCACCCCUACGGUCUGCAUUCGAAGGGGUGUACGAAGAGAUCACAGAGGAGGCACAGGAGCAAAUGAAAGACCUCAAGCGUAUAUUGGAGACAUACCCUGAGGAGUAUGACAUUCGUCAGUUUAAGGACGGAAUCAACGGACUGUAA